AUAAAGGCACAGAAGAUUUCAAGAUUUAGUUCUGGCUUAAGUACUUAACCUCCAAGUUCCUUUGGUUUUUUAGCUCGAACAAAUAUGUUCUCUUUUUCUUGGAAAACUUCUUUGGGUAUUUUGAUAUUUGUCUUGAUAGAAGGUGACCUUCAAACUUUAACAGCACAAACCUAUUUGCCUUCAGAGAAGAUCCAGGAAUCGAAGGUUUCAAUUUCACGAUUCUGGAUGAGUUUACAGCCCUCAAUUCCUCUGUAUGCAGAAGAGAAGCCUCUUGAUUACAGAAAAAAUAAACAGCAACUAUUAUUCCGCCAGAAGCGAGCUACUUUAUUUCCUAAUGGGGUUAAAAUUUGCCCAGAUGAAACUAUUGCACAGAUUGUGGCAAACCACUUGAAGUAUUUUAAAGUCCGAGUGUGUCAGGAAGCUGUCUGGGAAGUUUUCAAGACCUUUUGGGACCGUCUGCCCCGUCAUGAGGAGUAUCGACACUGGAUGAAUCUCUGUGAGGACGGAACUAUAAGUAUAUUUGAAAUGGGUACAAACUUUAGUCAGUCUGAAGAACACCAGAGCCUAAUUGUAAAGAAACUGGCUUACACACAGGAAACAUUAAAUAGGUCCUGCAGUGACUGGUCAUGUAGUUCUGAUCCAUCAACUCCUGUUACAUCUUAUGAUACUUCAACAUCAAGAGAUACUGCAACCAGUACAUCAUCCCCUAGGGUAGUUUCCUUUCAGGAUUCCUCAGACAACAUCUCAGAAAUACUGGAUAACGGUAUUAACAAUGAGAUAGAAACUCUGACAGAGAAACCAACAAAGCUGGCAACUGAACAGGUUGCAGAAUUCAGUAUGCACCUUUCAGGGAAGCAAUACAGUGAAGAGCUACAGGACCCCUCCAGCCUGCAUUAUCAAGAUAUCAUGCAACAAUUUAUUUCAGAGGUUCAAAAGGCAUUUGAUGAGCUACCUGGCUACAAGGACAUCCAUGUGCUUGAAUUUAGAUUGCCUCAAGAGAAUGUCAGUGGCAUCAAUGUUCGCUAUGCUGUUACAUUUGACAGUGAGGCUAUCAGUAACAUUACCUGGGAAAUGAUUAACCUUCAUUCGAAUAAAGUAGAAAAUCAUGGACUUGGGGAACGUGAGGAUAAGCCCAUGGCAGCUUAUACAAUUAACAACUUCAGAGACUACAUUGCUGAAAGCCUCACCAGAAAUUUCUUACUAAGAAACUCUUCCCUGAAGCCAGAUCCUGACUCUCUUCAGGUUAUCAAGGUGAAAGAUGCUUUUUUCCCCAAAACUGAAGACCAACUAUGGAAUUUUGAAAACCCAAGUAUUCUUGUGUCUCCACCCCUGAUACUUGAUAAUACCCUUCAAGCUGAAUGGCCCUCAGCAGAUGAAUCAACUGCCAGGAAUAGUUCACCACUUGAUUUCACCAAACCAGGUUUCAUCUCUGGGGCUCUUUCAUCCAAUGGCAGUGAACUCUGGUCAAAAUCAGAAAGUCCUCCAGCAGAUUUAGUGUCUCCAUCAAAAUUACCCCUUCCCUCGAAGGUGGGUUCCACUUCUCCCCCAGAUGUUUUAGAGGGUAGCAGCCUCACUCUUCAUUCUGUCACCCCAGCAGUGCCUCAGACUGGCUUGCCUAUGGCUCCUAAGGAAAGGACUUCUGGACCUGCUUUGUUAGAUGAUGGACUAACAAGUGUGGAAGAACCAGAAAGUUUUUCUUCUUUUGAUCUAUUGACUUCAAAUCCAUCCUCUUAUCUUGUGCCAAUGCCAUCGACAGACGACUCUGAGCUGCCUUUAUCAACUUUGACCUCUCCAUCCAUUUUGGAUUCUCUUGCCAUAGAAGUUGCUACACCUUUUGGCUUGUAUCCUUUGGUCUCCCCAAAUAAGGAUCAAUUAGAAGUGAGCAUUUUUCAGCCAGAAUUAUACCCUGGAAGUGGACUGUUAUUUGAAGAACAAUCAGGUUCAGGAUCUGGACAAGAGCUGCUUACUUGGCCAUUAAGUAAGCCUUCAUUUCAUCAUAACACUGAAUCUCCAUCUGAAUCCUGGCUUGAAAAUGAGAAAUCACUUUUACCAAUUGAGAGCAAAGAAAAGAACCUAGAUAGAGCCAUAAUUGAUGAAGCAGGAGGGAUUUUUGAGGAAUCUGAAAUUGCUCUUGGGGCUAAUGGUUCCAUCUUUGGAAAUACCACAUCUCAAUCUGUCCCUUUGUAUCUCUCAAUGCACACAUCAGAGGCAACCUCAAUUGAUCAUUAUUUUGUUCCCAAGCCACCUUUCCUAUCAGAAUCUAUAAUAGCCUCUACUUCUACUAAUAAUAGACUAGAAGAAAUAGAGUCCUCUAAAGAACAGAAACCAAAUGAAAUUUUAGAAUCAUCUAACACAGAACAAACUGACAUAGAUAUUUCAACAGAAAAGUCAGGUAUGAAACUUUUGUGGACUAGGCCACCCAAGCUAGAUGAAACUCAGUCAACAACUUCCUCCCCAGGGAGAACAGCCAAAGAUGCAAUUGCAAGUACAGUAAAGAAUAUUGCUACCCUUGUGUCUGGAGUCUCUAUGUCUGACUCCACCAAGUUGUCUCCAACCAAUCUGGAGGAUGAUGUGAUUAUGGAUGUACAGGACAUUUCAUUAGAACUGGACCAAGUGGGCAUAGGAUACUACCAGCCUGCACUCAACCAAGAAGAAAAUAGCAUUGUUGGUAGCCAUGUGGAAAUAUCAACUAAUAUGCUCUCUACUGAGAGAGCUGAUGUUCAACCCACACAGAGACCCUAUCCAAAUUAUUCCCAGACAACAGGCCCUCUAGUGGUUUUCUUUAGCCUUCGGGUGAUGAACAUGCCAUUUUCAGAGCACCUAUUUAACAAAAACUCUUCUGAAUAUAAAGCACUAGAACAAAGAUUCUUAGAAUUGCUAGUUCCCUUUCUUCAAUCAAAUCUCACUGGAUUCCAGAAUCUGGAAAUCCUGAACUUCAGAAACGGCAGUAUUGUGGUAAACAGCCGGGUGAAGUUUGCUAAACCUGUACCUCACGAUGUCAACAAUGCUGUGUAUACAAUUCUGGAAGACUUCUGCAACACUGCCUACCACACCAUGAAUCUAGCUAUUGAUAAAUAUUCCCUGGAUGUGGAAUCAGGUGAUCAGGCUGAUCUCUGUAAGUUCCAAGCCUGCAAUGAAUUUUCUGAGUGUGUGGUCAAUCACUGGAGUGGAGAAGCAGAAUGUAUAUGUUACCCCGGUUAUCAGAGUCUCCAGGAACUGCCCUGUCAGAGUGUCUGUGAGCUUCAGCCAGAUUUCUGCGUGAAUGAUGGAAAGUGUGACAUUAUUCCUGGGCAUGGGGCCAUUUGUAGAUGCCGUGUAGGUGCGAACUGGUGGUACCGAGGGGAACACUGUGAAGAGUACAUGUCAGAGUCUCAGUUGAUAGGAAUUGCUGCUGCCUCAGUGAUUGGCUUUCUUCUUAUAGUCUUGGCUGUCCUCUUCUUUCUGGCUAGAACUCUGAGGGAUCAGUAUGUGAAGAGAGAAAGAAAAUGUUCCCUCAGGAGGAGUGACAGCUCCAUAUCUCUUGAGAGAGCUGUGAAGUACAACCCUGUGUUUGAGGAUGAUGUCGUUGAAUAUGGCCCACAUGAGAGGAGCUACCCUCAGCUUACUUCUUACAGCUCUGUCAGUGGAGAGGGGCCCGUGGCCUUCAGCAGUGAAGAGAUCAGGCACAUCUAUGAAGAGCUUACCAGUGAGGAGAUUGAAAAAAGAACCAGGAUUUUUGAACUUUAUGCCAAAGAUCAACAGUUUGCAGAAUUUGUGCGACAACAUCAAAUGAAACUGCUAUAACAAAAACAUCAGUUUUGAAGGAAGCUGGAAGAGGAAGAUUGCUUGCUACCAUUGUAAUGUGGUGUGACAGUAACAUAGUUACCUAUAUCUGACUUGUACUCUGAGGAUUAAAAAAGGAUAUAUCCUUUAAGCAUGGUUGAGUUGGGGGAAUGUCUCUGUUCAGUACCAUUUUUUCCUUCUCCAGCUUAGGUUUCAAGCAGAGAUUUUAACAAGCAUCUAUGUGAUUUUAAAAAAAAUAAACAAAUUGUAAAAUACAUUAUACAAAAACAGGGAAUGGGACAUAUAUGAUCAGUUGGGUUUAGAAAUUAAUUUAUUAUUACAUUUUGUUCCUAGUUCUUCUAUUCAUCUUUUCUUUGAGCAUAUCACUUAAUUCUCUGUGCCUCCAUUUUCUAAACUGGAUUAUAGGGUGAGAGUCCUAAACACAGAUGUUGUGAGAUCUAAUAGCUAUUUGUAAGGCACUUUUGAUAAUUAGAUGAAAAGAGGAAAAUUGCCACAUAUUGUCCAUUGUAAGUAUCUUUUGAAAAAUUAAUUCACGUAAGUUGUAGUAGGAGCAGUAGCUAUUAAUCUAGUCGGGACCUAUAAGAGUAAUAUUAAAAGGAAAUGGAAUUGUUCUUAAGUCUUUGUUGGGGGAAACAUUGAUUCAGGUCACUAUUUGUAACCACUGAUGAUGCUUUCUGGUUGCCUAAGGUAUAAAUGUCUGGCAUAUUUUGGUGCUUCUCAGAAUUGAGGGAUUUCCCAGAAGUCAACAAACCCUUCUAAUUGGGUACCCUAGGUUGCAAAUGAUAAGAGGGGAAGCUGAGCCUAACUAAACUAAUGCUGCAUCUUUGCUGCACAUCCUUUACAUCUUAUUGCUGAAAUGAACUUCCCUUUAAAAAGAAGUUAUAUUUUAAAAAAGUUGUAUUUCAUCUAAUUCUAAUCCUGAGCACCAACUAUUGGACUGUACUGUCCUGAGUCAGACCUGGAUCAGAACAGAAGCUGAAUUUUAAUAUUAUUUAAACCCAACAAUGCAGACUCUUCUAAUAAAGAACCAAUAAAAAUACUUUUUGAUAUAAUAUGGUAAGGUAUGCUAUGUUUUCACUAUCAAAACUUAGGAAUUUCAAAAUGCAACAACA